GUUAAAUGGACGACCUGCUGGAGAUAAACAAUGGACGCCAGUUCGGGAAAUCCCAGCAAAAGCAGAUUCACAGUCUUCCUGUGUGUCUUCCUGCUGCUCCUCGGGGAUCCAGGGCGAUCCUGCCCCUGGGGCCCUGAAAAUGUCCAUCUGGUGAUAACUGUGCUUAGCCACCUUGGACCAUUUUGGACCAUACUGGCCUUCAUUCAAAUUGUUCCAGCCCAAGAAACCCAUACACUGUGCUAUCAACUCACAGUCUUGUCUCCAGAAGAUGCUUGGCAGCCCCCAUUCCCAAUCCUGAUAUACAUUGAUGAUGAGCUCUUCCUGCGCUACAAUGGGGACAGCAGAAGAGCAGAGGCCUGGGGGCCCAGGAUCAAGGGACAUGCAGGAGCUGAAACCUGGACACGAGAGACUGAGGACUUUCGGAAGAAGGAGGAGCAACUCAGGAGGAUGCUGGCUGAAGUCAUGAACCAGCAGGGCCAGAAAAAGGGCCUUCACAUCCUCCAGGAAACCUUGGGCUGUGAGCUUCAGGGAAAUCGGAGCACUGGAGGCUUCUGGCGCAUUGGCUACGAUGGACAGGAUUUCCUCACCUUUGACCAGAAGACGCUCACAUGGACAAUGGCUAUACCUUUCACUCAGAAGACCAAGACCUUCUGGGAGACACAUGCACCCAGAGCUGAUGAAGUUAAGACUUUCUUGGAUGACAUAUGUCCUGCUCAGCUCCAAGGAUACCUGGCUUCCAUGAGGAACUGUCAGAUGGAUAAAGGCUCCCCAGAAGUGAAGGUGACCAACAGGACAUAUCCAGUGGGCAGGAUCACCCUGACUUGCCGGGCUUUUAAUCUAUGUCCUCCUGUGGACACCCUGACCUGGCUUCAGGAUGGGAAGCCGGUACAGCAGCAGAUCUUUGGGCCUAGGACCAUCUUGCCCAGUGGGGAUGGGACCUACCAGACCUGGGCGUCUAUUUGGAUUCUUCCUGGACAGGAAUCAGAGUUCACCUGCUACCUGAGGCACUAUGAUAUGAAGGUCCCUGCUGCCCCUAGUAAGAAAAUGAGGCAACAAUCCGCCUCAGGGGGAAGGAGGCAGGGGCGGGAAGGAUCCAUAGGUCACACAAUAACCAGUGAUACUGCUAGCCCGGCUUCUGCCUCAGCUGUAUCUGCACUCCCCAUUGUGUUGGUGGUGGUGCUGGCUAAGGACUACUGAAGCUAGAACACCAAGGACAGAAAACUGCCAGCAGGAUAAACUAUUGGAGAUCCCAGUGAGAUCAAGACCCCCAACCCACAUUCCGAAGCCAGACCUUCAACUCCAGGACUCGAGGACCCAAAUCCUGCCUUGGAAGGUGCACACCUUGAAGAUCUUCCAAGACUCCAAUGCAUACUUUAGGUUUGGUAGAUUGUUGUAGUGAGCUGUGGCACUAAAAAGAAACCAGGAGCGCUCCAUUGGUGAGUCAUAGAAGGCAGCUCCUUCUAUGUCAGCAUUUCUCAACCUGAGGGUCUUGACCACUGAAAAACACAUAUUUCCAAUAAUCUUAGGAGCUGACAGCCCACCCAGCAGCAAAAUUAUAGUUAUGAAGUAGCUACGAAAAUAAAUUUAUGGUUAGGAGUUCCUAAGACCCUCAUAAAUCUAUGCUUCCUGAUGGUCAUGAACCACAGGUUGAAAACCCCUGUUCUAUGGCAUAGAUGUACUGUUUCUGAUGGGAUCCUGUCUAGGGACAGAGAGGUACCUGAUGAGGCAUAAGAACUCCUGUCUCGAGCAAUAGCAAGGCGUUUGGGGGUGUUAGUGUAUUAUUCUUGGUCACCUGUGUUUUGUUCUGUAUGCUGUUUCUCUCCUGCCCAGGGCACUAGUGAAAAGUGACUCUGCCCACCUAGUUCUGGCUUCUGGGGACCAAAGAGGAUAUCUGAAAAGCCAAGUUAAAUGUAUGAAUGAAGGUGGGCAUCACACGCUUUGUUUCUGACCAGUCUCUUUUGGCUACAUGAAUGUUCUCUGUACUGUUUAAUGGUUUUGAUUUUUGCUGACUCUGUCCCUUGAACAUUAUGUGUUCUAUGGUUUCAUUUUUGCCCUAUCUGUGUCUUUAACUCUUCUGCCCCGCCUUGCCCCCCUCCACCUGCUACAGCAGCAGCCAAUGAAGCCCAGAGAAAACUUUGUUUUCCUUUCCUGGGUAGGCUGCUAGGUGCAGGCUUUGGACCCACAUGCAUAGCCAGGGCAGGCAGAUGGACGGCAAGGACGAGAAGGGCAAGGUGAGAAGCUGGAUGAGCAGGUAUUGGAAGCCAGGAUCUGGAAUCUGCUCCAGCACUUGUGGUUACCCCACAAACUCCCCAAGGGUGAAUCCUAAUGGAUCCUUCCUGCCUCCUCACCCCAGGAAAACCACAGCCGACAAAGCGGGGAGGGAGAGGUACACCCGCAGGGGAAGAUGGGGCAGUGAUCACUUUGGUUGUUUGCCUUGACUGCUGUUUCUGCUCUUGGGUUUCUCUGGCCCCUCCUACUGGUUAGUGAAUUGAAUUCAGCAAGGAUUCAGGGGUGUUUUUUUAGAUACAGAUACUAUUGAAAUAUCAUUUUACACUGCUCUGCUUUACGGGAAAGCUGGUUGUGAAGUUCGGCUAUCGCUCCUGCUUCUCUAGACCCAAGCACAUUUAUUUAAAAUUAUUCUAUCUGCUCUAUAAUCCUUCUAUGAGACACCUGAUUUUAUGACAAAAAAAAUAGAACAAAACAGCCCCCAAAAAGCAGGGCAGUGGUGGCUAACAUCUUCAAUCCCAGCUCUCAGAAGGCAGAGACAGGUAGAUCUCUGAGUUAAAGGCCAGCCUGGUCUACAGACAAGAGUUCAGGGUACCAAAAAAAGAACAAAAAUAAAAAGAAAUUCGGAGGGAAAUGAGGAUUUCAAAAAUGAUGUCCCGCAGGGAACUCUAGAGCAAAGAGAGCAUCUUAAAGUUUGUCUUGCCUCCAAACAAAGGCACUGACUUUGGUAAUGUGCACAGCCUCUAGCUGAGUCUACAGGAUUGUGAACUACAGCAGCCACCUCAGUGAAUGUUUUCCUUUAUAAGCAACGGUCAUGGUGCCUCUUCACAACAAUAGAAACCCUCACUAAGAUAGAGGCUGGUACCAAGGAUUGGGGUAUUGCUGUAAUAGACCUGAUCAGACUUUUGUUUGAAAGAAUAUAGACCUUGUGUCUAUGGAAUAGAAAAGCACUGGAAUGUUUUAAGUGCUACUUAAUGGGGCAUACUAGUAGGUGCAUGGGAGACAGUGGUGCUGAGUAUGAUUUAAGCUGUGGGGGGUGGGAGGGCUGGCUCAAGAGGCUUCAGAGGAGAAGCGCUUUAGUAUGUGACCUAGAGAUUGUUCUUGUGAUAUUUUGGUGAAGAAAGUGGUUGCUUUUUGCCCUUGUCCAAAGAGUCUCUCUGAAGAGCUUUGGAUUAAUUUCAUUGACCAAGGAAAUCUCAAAACAGCCCAGUAUAGACCCUGUCAUGUGGUUAUUAGUGGUAACUCUAAUGAAGAUUUAUAAUGAAAAGGAGCAAGCUGAGCAGAGGAAACUACAAAAUGUAAAAUUUUAAAGAGAAAAGAAACACCAAAAAAUGGAAUGGAACUAAGUCCUUUGUUCAAGGAGAUAAACAGAUUAAGAAAUAGAAUAAAGGAAGUGGUAACUUCAAGACAAGAUCCCAACUAGUUAAAUUUCCAACUUGUGAAAAGAAAUUAAAGAAAAGCUUAGAACUGGGUGUGGUAGUGCAUGCCUUUAAUUCCAGCACUGGCAGAGGCUGGCGGAUCUCUGAGUUUGAAGCCAGUCUAGUCU